AUGGGGCAUUACAAAAUUGAAGGGAGAGACCCUACACUACACAGGGUUGGAGGAGGAAGGUAUACAUGGACACCAAAAGUUAACUUCACAAAAUGGGCAAGUCAUGAGCACUUCUACAAGGGUGAUUGGCUAUAUUUUGGUUUUGACAAGCACAUCUACAAUGUUUUGGAAGUGAACAAAACAAAUUAUGAAAAUUGUAUUGACACAAGCUUCAUUAAUAACAUCACAAGAGGAGGGAGAGAUGUUUUCCAGCUCUUAGAGGCAAGGCCAUAUUAUUUCCUUUGUGGCAGAGGCUUCUGUUCCCAAGGAAUGAAAAUUGCAAUAAAUGUUGUGGAAUCCACACCAGCACUACCACCCACAGCACUGUCCAAUAAGGCCUUUACAUCAAGUAGAAUGAGUAAUACUAAACUGAUUGUGUUUUUUGUCACACUUUUGACUAGGACCUUCAUAUAG